GUUUUUCCUUUUCCUUUCCCUUUCUCCAAUCUCGUCGCGGCGUCUCCCGGCCGGCCGGGUCCUUCCUCCCUUCCCACGCGCGAUCGAUGAUACAGUGAUCCGCUGACUGGCUGAUUGAUGGCGGCGGCUACGACGAGGGUUCUCGGAUCCAAAUCGCCCGACCGCUUCCAGCUCCGGGACCCUAAUUCCUGGGUUUGCUUGAACGAGCUUGCGAGCGAUGUGGUCGUCGAGGUCGGGGACAUUUCCUUCCAUCUACACAAGUUCCCCUUAAUCAACCGGAGCAGCACGCUGCAGAAGCUCAUCGCCGAGUCCACCACCUCUUCCGACGACCAAGACGGAGGCAAGCCUUGCACCGUGCAGCUCGACGACCUACCGGGCGGCGCGGCGGCCUUCCGGCUCGUGGCCAAGUUCUGCUACGAUGUCCAAUUCGAGCUCAACGCGGCCAACGUCGUCCCGGUGCGCUGCGCGGCCGAGCGCCUGGGCAUGGCCGGCGAGGGCAACCUCGCCGCCCACGCCGAGGCCUUCUUCGUCCGCGACGUGCUCGGCAGCUGGGACGCGGCCGUGCGCGCGCUGCAGGCGUGCGACGACGGCGACGAUGGCGUGCGGCAGCUCGCCGAGGACCUCCUCCUCGCGCCCCGCUGCAUCGAGUCGCUGGCGGCCAAGGCGUGCGCCGACCCGACGCUCUUCGGCUGGCCCAUGGUCGAGAACUACACGGCGAGGUGCGUCGACGCGGCCGCGGCGCCCGUCAUGUGGAACGGGAUCAGCACCUACGGGAAGCCGCGGUCGCCGGGCGCCGGGUGGUGGUACAGGCAGGCGUCGUCGCUCCGGCUGCCCCUGUACAAGCGGCUCAUCUCCGAGAUGCGGUCCAGGGGCAUGAGCCCCGAGGGCAUCGCCGGCUCGCUCGCGCACUACGCCAGGCGGCACCUCUCCGGCCUCAACCGGCGCGACGUGGGCGGCGGCGGCGCCUCAGACACCACGUCGUCUGACGGCGUGGUCGGCGAGCAGCGGGUGCUGCUGGAGGAGAUCGUGGCGCUGCUCCCCGCCGAGAAGGGCGUCACGACGACGAGGUUCCUGCUCGGCAUGCUCCGCACGGCGACGGUCCUGCACGCCGGCGCGGCGUGCCGUGACGCGCUGGAGAGGCGGGCCGGCGAGCAGCUGGAGGAGGCGGCGCUGGAGGACCUCCUGAUCCCCAACACCAGCUACUCCACGGACACGCUCUACGACGUGGACUGCAUGCAGCGCAUGCUGGAGCAGUUCCUGCUGUCCAACACGACGGCGUACGCCGACCACUUGCCGGAGAUCACGGCGGACGAGGCCCCGCCCGGCGAGCUCAUGCCGGCCAGCACCGUUGCCAAGCUCGUCGACGGGUACCUCGCCGAGGUCGGCACGGACGCCAACCUCAAGUGCUCCCAGUUCCAGCAAAUCCUGGCGCUCGUCCCUGACUACGCCCGGUCCCUCGACGACGGCCUCUACCGCGCCAUCGACAUCUUCAUCAAGGCGCACCCGUGGCUGACGGAGUCGGAGCGGGAGCAGCUGUGCCGGCUGAUGAACUGCCAGAAGCUGUCGCUGGAGGCGUGCACGCACGCGGCGCAGAACGAGCGGCUGCCGCUGCGGGUGGUGGUGCAGGUGCUCUUCUUUGAGCAGCUGCGGCUGCGCACCACGGUGGCCAGCUGGUUCUUCGUCGGCGACAACAACGCCGCCGCCGCCGACCAGGGCUCCCCAAGGAGCUCCCGCCCGAGGAAGAGCCGGACCGGCGAGGUGGACUUCGGCACGGGGUCGGAGAACAACGACCACGAAGAGGUCGAGGUGUACACGCCCGGGAGCAGCAGCGAGCCGGCAUCGGCGAUGAGCGUGCCGGGGAUCCAGCAGAGGGUGGUGGACCUGGAGGGGGAGUGCUCCAGCAUGCGGCAGGAGAUGCACCGGCUAGGGAAGCCCAAGGGAGCGCUGAGUAGGCUGUUCCGGAAGCUCGGGCUCAGCGGCGGUGGCAGGCCAUCGUCGUCGCGGCAGCAGGGGCAGCUGCCGAGCUCCGGCGAGGAGAAGCGCAGCAGGUUCUUGGAUUUGGGGUGUUAGUUUUGGAAGAUGUAGCUCGGUCGCAUGUGGUUUUCAGACUGUAGAAUAGGUUAGCACACUGGUUCCAUUUUUUCCCCGCUGAAAUAAGAAUUUUAGAGCGUAUAUACAUUUUUUGAACAGCUGAUUAUUUCUUCAGGUAUUGAUUUAGGUGAAAGCAGAUAUACAAGUUUUCCUAGCA